AUGGUACAGGCUGAGUUACGCGGAAGUCUCACCCAUGGCGCGAUAUAUCUCUGGAAAUGCCGGAGGAGAUACGCUUCGUUCACAUUAGCCAUCCGAGGCUGGCCGACAGGCGUCGGUGUUGAGCGCAAUGAAUUGGUCGAAUUGGACCGCGUGUACGGUGGCCUCAGCGGAGCGCUGGACGUUGCCACAGAAUCUAUGGUCACCGACGAGGGUGUCGACCGAGACUCCGACGGCGAUCGCGAGGUCGAUGGUUCCUCUCGUACGGAGAGAACAUGA